UGCGGGUGGAGUAUUUUCACUCCACAGUACCUCUACAGAGUGAGUAAUUACUGGCUCCGCAGCCAACCGAAGGAACACACGCUCUGUCACACAGAAAAAUACGUUCUCAACAAAUCAGUAGAAGAGUCUGGCGUGGAAUUGUGGAGUUUAUACAUGUUAAAGUGCGUGAAAGGACUCCAAUGGACUGCUGGGAAACACACUGAAGGAAAUGGCAGGAAGCACCUGAAACCUGUUGCUCUGAGCACUAAUGCGAAAGAUCAGAAAGGAAACCGACGAUUAAAAUGUUACUUUCUUACAAAGUAUCUGCGGGAAAUGAACUUUCGACCUUAACACGGUUUACUCGGUGAAUGAUUGACCAUUUAGUCCACGGAUGCACGUGCUUUUCCAUGCCCGUGUGUAGGAUCAUGGUCUGUAUAAAAUGCACUCACACUUGGAAGAAAGUGUGCUCGGGAUCUGGAAUGAAACUUCACUGUGAUUUACAACCUUGUGAACUGUGGACAUGCUGCUGGAGCAAUUAAGGUUUCCUUUUGGGAUUUCUUCUUUCCUAAACGCAGCAAUAAAUUAAAAAAAGGAAGGGAGGAAAACCUGAGCCGAGAAAAUACUCAAGAAUUGAAAUUCAUAGUUUUUCAGUAUGAGGAAACCUGCAGAUAAGCAUCAUUUCAUCAUGGAGACCUCGGGGAUGCACCUGGUUGGAUUUUGGCUGCACGUUCUGCUGCUGUUGCAACUGUCUAGGCUUGGCGAUGCUGCUUCUAAGGAUAUAGUGUGUGAGCCAAUCACUGUACCGAUGUGCAAAGGGAUCGGAUACAAUCACACCUACAUGCCCAACCAGUUCAAUCAUGACACCCAGGAUGAAGUCGGCUUGGAAGUGCACCAGUUUUGGCCACUUGUCCGGAUCCGUUGCUCCCCAGACUUGCUUUUCUUCCUGUGCAGUAUGUACACCCCCAUCUGUCUUCAGGACUACAAAAAACCUCUACCGCCUUGUAGGUCCGUGUGCGAGAGGGCUAAGAGGGGUUGCUCUCCCCUCAUGAUUCAGUAUGGGUUUGAGUGGCCGGAGCGGAUGAGUUGUGAGCAGCUGCCUAUGCUGGGCGACACUGAUCGGCUUUGUAUGGACAGGAACAGCAGUGAGACCACAACUCUAUCACCUCCUUUCCCCAAACCCACUCCCAAGGGAACGCCACGACAUAGAACCACUGCAAAAUCUACUCCGCCGCAGAAGUGUGACCGUCAGUGCCAUUGUCGAAACCCCCUAGUGACAAUUAAACAGGAUGCACAUCCUCUCCAUAACCGGGUACAUACUGGCUCUCUAUCCAAUUGUGCUUUGCCUUGCCACCAACCCUACUUUUCCCUGGAUGAGCAUGCCUUUACAACCUUUUGGAUCGGCCUGUGGUCGGUGCUGUGCUUUGUCUCGACGCUCACCACUGUGGCCACUUUCCUCAUCGACAUGGAGCGUUUCAAAUAUCCAGAGCGGCCGAUUAUCUUCCUGGCUGCUUGUUAUCUGUUUGUGUCGCUGGGGUACAUUGUGCGACUGCUUGCGGGCCAUGAGCGGGUAGCUUGCGAGGGCUCCGGCAACCAACAGCACAUCCUCUAUGACACCACGGGUCCAGCCCUUUGCACGCUAGUUUUCCUGCUCAUAUAUUUCUUUGGAAUGGCCAGCUCCAUCUGGUGGGUGGUGCUUUCCUUCACCUGGUUCCUGGCAGCAGGAAUGAAAUGGGGGAAUGAGGCCAUCUCGGGUUACUCACAGUACUUCCACCUUGCUGCUUGGCUCGUCCCUAGUGUCAAGUCCAUCGCUGUCCUGGCUUUGAGUUCGGUGGAUGGAGACCCCGUGGCUGGGAUCUGUUACGUCGGCAACCAGAGUUUGGAGAGCCUACGUGGCUUCGUAUUGGCACCGCUGGUCGUCUACCUCUUCACUGGCUCCCUCUUCCUUCUGGCCGGAUUUGUUUCACUCUUCCGGAUCCGUAGCGUCAUUAAACAGGGCGGCACCAAGACAGACAAGCUGGAGAAAUUAAUGAUCCGGAUUGGACUCUUCACUGUCCUGUACACUGUGCCCGCAAGUAUUGUGGUGGCUUGCCUAGUGUACGAGCAACAUUACAGGCUAGGUUGGGAGCGGGCCCUGGCCUGUUCUUGUCCGUCCGAGCGCCAGCGGCUCGGCAUGGGGCCGGACUAUGCCGUCUUCAUGCUGAAAUACUUCAUGUGUCUUGUAGUAGGCAUUACCUCAGGUGUUUGGAUCUGGUCUGGGAAGACUCUGGAGUCCUGGAGACGCUUUGUGGCACGGUACCGCCCCUGUAGGACCCAGAAGCCACCUGUAUCAGGCUCCUCCAUGUACAGUGAGGCGAAUACCGCUCUCACAGCCCAAGCCGGAACAGCACCCACUGGGACCUAUAACAAAUCAGCACCCUCAUCACACGUCUGACCAUUGGCCAGAAAGCCCUGGUCCAUUAUAAACCCUACAACUGUCAAACGAGUGAAGCCUGAAGUGUGCAGGUCAUGACUCUGAAUGAGC